AUGUUAUUUGAAAUGAUUUUAAUGAAAUUUGAUUCAAAUGAAUUAUCUCGUGCGGGGACAUUUCUUGGACCAUUUUCUUUAACUUUAUUUAUUCUUCUCGUUGUUUUCAUUUGCUUAAGUAUCUUUUUAUCAAUUAUCAAUGAUAAUUUUCGACUCGCACGGGAAAAAGUCAUCGAAGAUCCGGAAGUAUUUUCACAUAUAAUCAGGAAAUUUCUUCAAUGGACAGGAAUGCGAAAACGACCAGAAUGGGAAAUUCAAGAAGAAAAAGAUCAACAAAUGCGUGAAAACUAUUUGUAUACAACCGAUACACUUCGAUUAAGAACAAAUCAAUUGGUCAAUCAGAUAAAUCGAAUGUAUUUCAAUCAACGAACAGCAAAUGUUUAA